AUGCCGUACCUGGAUCGCCAGAACCGCAUCUGUGGCUUCCUGGACAUCGAAGAGAAUGAGACCUGUGGCAAGUUCCUGCGGCGCUACUUCAUCCUGGACACCCAGGCCAACUGCCUCCUCUGGUACAUGGACAACCCACAGAACCUGGCCAUCGGUGCAGGCGCUGUCGGAUCUCUGCAGCUGACCUACAUCUCCAAGGUGAGCGUCGCCACCCCGAAGCAGAAGCCCAAAACUCCUUUCUGCUUUGUGAUCAAUGCCCUCUCCCAGCGCUACUUCCUGCAAGCCAGCGACCAGAAGGACCUGCAGGACUGGGUGGAGGCUCUCAACAGGGCCAGUAAGAUCACGGUCCCCAAGGGUGGCAGCAUCCCACCAGCCACGGAGAUAGUGAAGCCUCCAGUGGUGCCCCAGGCCCAGGAGAGGAAGCCCCAAGUGGCCUACAAAACAGAGAUCAUUGGUGGGGUGGUGGUCCACACCCCCAUCUCCAUCAACCAGAAUGGGGGGGCUGGAGGGGAGGGCAGUGAUGUGGCUGCCCACCCUCUGCUGCGGCGAUCCCAGAGCUACAUCCCCACCUCGGCCACCAAACCUCCUGCUGGGCCACCUGUCCUCAAGAGUGGCUACUGCGUGAAGCAGGGGAACGUGAGGAAGAGCUGGAAGCGCAGGUACUUCGUCCUGGAUGAGUUCUCCAUCAGUUACUACAAGUGUGAGCAGGACAAGGAGCCCCUGCGGUCAAUCCUCCUGAAGGAUGUCUGCAAGACCCACGAGUGCCUGGUCAAGUCUGGGGACCUCCUGAUGCGGGACAACCUCUUUGAAAUCAUAACCAGCUCCAGGACCUUCUACAUCCAGGCCGACAGCCCUGAGGACAUGCACAGCUGGAUCCAGGUCAUCACAGGGGCAGUGCAGGCCCUCAGAACCCGUCCCAGGGAGAUGUCCUUCAUGAGAUCCACCUCCAUGGGGAGGACCAGCGGCUCCUCGGCGCCCCCGCAGCAGCGGCAGGCAGCGGAGGAGAGGAGAGGAUUGUGCAGAGCUCCCUCCAGCUCUGCCUGGCAGCCCUGGACGCCGGUGCCACAGGCAGAGGGGAAGCAGCUGGGGCAGGAGGUGGUGCCAGUGCCACUGGGGGACUCUGUGUUCCUGCCAGCCUCGGCCGAGCCGGGCAGGCGCCAGCGGCACAGGUCGGAGCCGCAGCAGCUCCGGGAGAAGCCUUUUGCCUUCGACCUGGACGAUGACAGCAUCAGGACCUCCGACGUCUGA